GUUUGUUGAUGAGCGGCAGGAGCUGCUCCGGCUGUCGCUCUCCUCCUCCACACCAGUCCUCUUCCCUGCGGUACUCCUGCUCCAGACUCUCCAGGACCCCACACACCUGGAGAGGCAGACAGACAGCUCUGCUCUCUGCUGCAGAGCCAGAGCCACCUGGUGAGUCCUCUGCAGGGAGUCGGCAUGGAGGAGAGCCUGGAGAGACAGAAGAAAGACAGACACACAGUAACCUCUAUGGCCUGCUGGAGGCGCUCAUGCUCCCUCUGCAGCUGCUCAGCUUCGGAUAAACAGCUGGAGUUCAACAUACAGGACGACAACAUGACCUCGCCCUCUGAGAUCCAGCCUAGCACCUGAGACACAGACGGACGGACAGGUAGAGAUUAUCACCUGUGGUGCCUGGAUGUCACCUGGAUCUGCAGGAGGCGCUGCAGCUCCUCCACCUGAGAGGAGAGACCCCCCUCUGCCUCCGACAGCUCGAUACCUGAAACACACACACCUUCACAGUCAGGACAUUGGGCUGGUACCUGCAUGCGUAGCUCCAGGUCUCUAGCUGCCUGGUAGAUCUCCUCCUCCUCACACUCUCCGGACUGAGCCAGCUGAUCUGCUGCUUCCAGAAGCUUCUCUGCAUUAGUGUCGCUGCAGUGAGGAUGGAGUCGGUGGAGGAGGCCGUGGUGUCGGAGCUGAAGGAGCAGCUGCAGGAUGAAGACCUGAACCCGGAGCAGAGAAUCCACCUGCUGAACAGCGGCAUUAACAAGGCUCUGAACGUGGCGGCGGUGCAGACCGACAGCAGCGUGUUGACUCGUGUGAAGUCUCAGUUGUAUCACAGUGGGGUCCUGAGUCACUGUGUCCUCGCCCUCUCUCUGGAUCCCAGAAGGCUGAGGGGCAACUGGACCGCCGCCGCCGCCACACUGGCCCAGCUCACCAGUUCCUGCUGUGUUGGGGGGGAUCCCGGUGAACAUUCAAAGGCCUUUCAUAGGCUGUUCCUGCCGUCAGUCGUGGACUGCCUCCUGUCAUUGGCCAGCCAGCUGAUGAGGCAGACAGAGUGUUUGUCUGUGUUCAGGAAGGUGAUGGAUUCAGUUGGCUGGCUGCUCAGAGCCCACACACAGCUCACCACACAGGUUCUCAGCUCUGUCCACUAUGAGCAGAUCCAGAUGUGUGAUGAUGUGACUGUGUCUCUGCUGUGUGUCCAACUGUGGAUUCAAACCUGCACAGCCAGCAGGGACUUCCUCUCCAGGUUGAGUGACGACUCUGUCUUGUUGCUGCUUAACGAGGCUGUCGGCCAAUUAGCCGUCAGCUCUGACUCUGCUGUGGGCGGGGCCUCCAUCAGACUCAUCCUGCUCAUGGCCAAUCAGCUGCAGCUCCGGCUCCAGCCCUUCCUCCUCAACUUCAGAGGUCUGGACAACCUGCUGAACAAAGACUGGAGGGGGCACGGCUUUGACCAGGACGUGGAUCAGCUGAUUGCAUUCAUCCAAUCAGACAGAGGCAUAACGAGUCCCUCUCAGGUGGUUCGCACUCCGAGCACUGAGCGUGUGCGGGCGGCGUGUGUGAUCCAGGCGGCCUGGAGGUCGUAUCAGACCAGACGCAGAGUGAAGAGUCUCAGCAGAGCUGUUAGUACGCUGCAGAGGAGAUACAGGGCUCGGAGGAGGCAGCAGCAGCAGCAGAAGGAGGUGCGGCAGUGGGAGGAGGAGCUGAGGUACCAGGUGUGUGUGAGACGUCAGCAGGCGAGGAGGGCGUUCCACCAAAAACAGAGACAGCUGCUGCAGCUCCUGCCUCCUGACCAGGUGCAGUCGUACCUGCAGGAGUGCGAGCGUCAUGCGGCCGUGGUGAUCCAGAGGGUCUGGAGAGGCUUCAGAGAGCGACGGCUCUACAAUAACACACUCCGACACACACUGAUACACACACGCACACAGCAGCAAGCCGCCAGGACGCUGCAGAGGGCGGUGCGUGGCUUUCUGCAAAAACAUCGAGCUUCAAGGGCCCUGCCCACCACACCUUUCUGGAUUGGUCAGAAAGGUUUGACGGACAGCAGGAGGGCGGAGCUAAAGGCACAAGUAGAGGACUACAUUGCAGCGCAUCCUUCGUCCCACGUGUCUCCUGAGGCGUGCAAGCGCCUCCAUGAGGAGGCGCAGCUGCUGCUGCUGUCGGAGCUGCAGAGAGGAGGGCAGUGGAGGAGAGAGGAGCAGAGGGUGGAGGCUCUGCUGGCUCACACACACACCCAGCUGGAGCUGCUCAGAGAUGCCCCAUCCCUCUCUGUCGUCACGGCGACAGAUGCAGAGUCCUUCCUGAGCCCCUCGGGUCCCAUUGCCGCUCGUGCCCGUGAUGCCCACAAUGCAAUGCUGCAGGCGAACCGGCUGCCAUGGUGGAGGACUCUGGGAGAACCGCUCGACGUGUUUAGCCUCGCCCACCUGCAAGAGCUGGAGGCGGAGCUUGGAGGACUGUUUGUAGGAGGGUUAGCAGAGGUCAGCAAACUCACUGAGGUGGACAGAAUAAACCUUUAAUCUGAACCUGUCCUCACAUCCUCACUUGGAGGUGUGGGACUGGUGUGGGACUGGUGUGGGACUGGUGUGGGACUGGUGUGGGACACCUUUACAGUUUUUGUGAAACUCACUUUUGUAAACCCGUCCUUCCUUUUUUGACUCAGAGAGCAGUUUGCUGUUAAACAUUUCAUACACUGAUGAAAGAUUUGAUAUAACUUUGUUUUGCAUGAUUUCCUGUUCACAGGUUUAGUUUAUGUUUUCGUUUGCUGUCUCUCACAUGCGUUACCCAGACUGAACUCUGACAGGCUGCAGAGAGGCAGGUUGGUGAAAAGCAGGUGAAACUCACACAGGUGAGGGUCAGACAUGAAAAUAUCUCAGCUGCUGCGCAGGUUGGUCAUUUUGCAGUAACCAGCAUCAAACAGCAGAGGGAGCAUCGUCUUCACCACAGGAUCAUGAUGAGUAGAUUUUCUUUUGCUGGGAGGGGAGGGUGCGUUUGUUUUUCUCCUGUGUGCAGCUUUAAUGUUCUUAGUUUAGAAAAAGGUACGGACAUAUUAUAAUGUGUAGAAAGAGUUUUAAAGAGAGCGACACUGUCUCCACACACUGUACACUGAUGUUUUUUACUCAUUAAAGUUUAAUAGU